AUGGAUCAACCUCCGCCUCCGCCGCCGCAUGGCAACAUUCCCAGGCCGGCAAAUUCCAACCUACCCCCGGGCAAAUAUGAUAUAUUCAUCAUACCGCCGCACUCCUCGGGAUCCGGUUUCCUCUAUCUCCCUUCUCUGAAGCCGAACCUGAACAGUUUCGCCGCGGGAUUUGCUAGCGCUCUGGUUCUAGUCGUUUUAGGUCAGACCAUGGCACCGGUUUUUCAUGUGUGGUGGAGCAGCUUCCAAGGAAUGGGGAAUAUGGGCAUGGUGUUAUUGGUGAUCGCAGUCGGAGUCGGGGCAUGGUCUUUGGGGAGAACGCAACAAGGUGGUGGCCCGGCGUCGGGGAGAGGCAAUGGAAAUUCUUGGGGGUACGAUCCCGGAGCUGGAGGCUAUGCUAGUGGCCCAAAUCCCAACGCUGGACCACCCCCCAAUGACGAUACGCCUCCGCCUCCUCCGCCUCACGCUUCGCCACCACCGCCUCCUCGGCACGGACCCAAACCUGGGACUCCAGGUACAGAGCGGCCCAAGCAAUCGUGGCAACAGCAUGCGCAAGCCAACGAACCUAAGGAUGCGUCGCCAGGACCGCCACCAGAGCCUCGACGUCGACCGCCGCAGGAACCAUCGCGAGAGCCACCUCGAGAACCACCUCGAGAAUCUCCUCGAGAACCUCCGCGGGAACCGAAGCGAGAGCCGAAGCGAGAACCAAAGCGUGAGCCGAAACGACAACCAAAACCAGAGCAGCGACCUGAAUCACCUAGGGAACCCCGCCGCGAACCGCCCCGGGAGCCAUCUCCAGAGCCUGCGAAAGAGCCCCCACAGGAGCCUCCCAAGCCAAAACCCAGGCCAAAGCCCAAGGAAGCUCCUAGAGAGGUUCCUCAAGAGGCCCCUAAGGAAUUACCUAAGGAGGUUCAUAAGGAACAUAAGGAAUCUUCUAAGGCUUCUCCCAAGAAGCCAUCUAGAAAGCCCAAGGAGAUUCCUCCAGAAAUCCCUAUAGAGCCCCCUAAAGAGCUUCCCAAGGAACUUCCCAAGGAACUCCCCAAAGAACUUCCUAAAGAACUUCCUAAAGAACUUCCUAAGGAGACACCCAAGGAGACUCCUAAAGAAACCCCUAAAGAGGCCCCUAGAGAUCCACCCAAAGGCGCAUGGGAAAAAGCUAGAGAAGAGACACGGCGAAAAGAGGAAGAACGAAAAGCCAGGGAGGAGGAAUUAAAAGCGAAGGAAGCUGAAAGGCGCAAGAAGGAGGAGUUGGCCAGACGACUAAAGGAGCUACGCGAGAAGGAUGCUCGAGAGAAGGCCAGACGCCAACAAGAAUCGAAGGAAAAGCAGGAACGUGAGGCCCGCGAAAAGGAAGAGCGAGAAAGGGAGCAGCGCGAAAAAGAGCAGCAGGAGAAGGAGCGACGGGAAAAGGAGCAGAGAGAAGCCAGAAUACGGGAAGCUAGGGAGCGUAUAUUGCAUGAACGAUUGAACCAAGAGAGGGCGCUCCGAGAAAAGCUUGAGAGGGAAGUCAAGGAAAAGGAGGCAAUCCGAAUUAAGGAAGCAAUCGAAGCAACUAGGCUGAAGGCUAUAGCAGAGGCAGCUCAGCUGAGAGAGGAAGAGGCCGCGACGUUGAGAGCAAAGCUGAAAGAAGCGGAGGCUGCCGUGCAGAGAGAAGCCGAAGCUGCUGCUAAGCUGAGAGAAGCUGAGGCCGCCAAGCGAAAGGAAGAAGAGGCUGCCAGGGAAAGAGAAGCCGAAAGGCAGCGAGAAGCCGAGAGGCAAAGAGAGGUUGAGAGGCAAAGGGAGUUGGAGGCGGCUCGACAGAGGGAGGAAGCUACUAGGUUAAGAGAGGCAGAAGAAGCUAGGAUCAGGGAUAUUGAUGCUGCUCGGUUAAGAGAGGCCGAAAGUAGGAGAGGUGCCUACGCCUACUCGUCGGUCGGAGAGAAAACAAACCCUUGGCCGAACGGAAAACCGCCGGUUAGGUCUCCGUCUCCUGCUAGAUCAAGUCCCCCUAGGCCGAGCCCAAGUACUACGUCUAGUAAGCCUAGUGCUGCCUCUACCAAGCAACCGAAUCCAGCUCCUAGCACAACCAAGACUUCGAGCGGCGUUAACGAAGAAACUUACUCGUUUCGACCGUAUGACCAGCCUAAGAACCAUACUCGAAGGAGGUCGGGUGAGACAACCUUCACAGAGUCAUCGUAUGCUCCAUCCCAGUCAACAGCAAGGACAACGCCGCCACCUUCCGAACAUCCGCCUUAUCGAACCAACGACCCAGAUAAAAUCGUUAUCAAGGCUGUUUAUAGCUUCGUCAACCAAUUCUCCAAGACACCAGCUUCUCAACUCAUUAGUGGUAUGGGACCUGUCACGGACGGUUUGAUUCUUCGUAUCUCGUCUGCCGGUAUCUUCAUUGACGACGAUGUCCGCAACGAGCCGCAGCGAGAUUGGGACGUUAAGGCCUGGACGCUCAAAACGAUGGAGAUAUGGUGCCCAGCACAUUGCGUUGUCGAGUCUAACGUCACCCCCAAGGUAACGCCCAAGAGUCGUUUCCGAUCCUCAAUUCGUGGCGAUCCAAAAACCCUGACAGGUGAGGAUGCCGAAGCCUGUGUUAACGAGCUACUACAUUCUUGCGGGGACGUGUGUCGCCAUGCACCUCACGGAAGAUGGGACACUGGGUCGUCAAAUAUUAGUACGCGACGACGAGGUCUGCAUGUCCUGCGCGCCACAAUCCGAGAUCAAGACGGGAGGAGACACUUGUUUAUUGUUGACGAGGAUGAGGGCUGGAAGGUUGCGCAGGGCCUACGAAAGCUCUUCCAGGGUACCCAACACCGCCAGCUAGGUAUCCAGUGCAUGGCAAAGACAGAGGCUCAAGGCAUUCUCGACAUGUUCGGCUGGUGA